AUGAGCAUGAUGCCAAAUCUGCGAUGUGUCGCUGCGCAGGUACAUAGAAGUUCGAGAUCGAUAUGGCCUCGCCGCAAUUUGUGUUCAUCGCCGGAAUUUAGCAGCAAUGAGUCAAAUGGAGCAGGACAGACGGUUGUCGGGUGGUACGUCAGGCGAGGUUUGGCAGUGGCUGCAGGAUUCGGCUUUAAUUGGUAUAGAUUGGGCGACCUGGCAUCGAGUCUUGAGGAGGAUCUGCAAUCGGAGCUGAGGGCGUUGGAAGAAACUUUGGAGGAAAGCAAAAGGAGGAUGCGGCGAGUGGUGAAUGGUGAUGAGAUCCCACGCACAUGUAAAGAUGCUUUCAAUGUCACAAGUCCAGAGGGUCACCGAGAAGUUGCAUUAUAG